ACUAUCGACACUCUGAGACAUCGCAAACCAUCGCGGUCCAACACAGUCACUACCUAUCACGAACCUGAGAUUCAUGAUGCAUCAAGCUGGCAGCCUGGAGCCGAACCCGGCGUCGACACCUCUGCCGAGGACGACAAGAUCCCACCGCAUCUAACCAAGUUGAAGACUGCGUGCGAUAUCAAUGUUAUAGACUUUUCAGAUCAGAAUAUUCAUCAAUCGAGAUGUACCAACGCAGAUCUAGAGGCCAUCUUGAAUAUCCCAAGAACCGAGCAACUGCCGUGUCGCUGGAUAUCUGUUAAUGGACUAUCCUGGGAUGUCAUUCGUCUUCUGGGCAACAAGUACAAUCUUCAUCGGCUGGCCAUCGAGGACUUGAUACAUACCAAAACUCGCACAAAAGUCGACUGGUAUGCUGAACAGGCGUAUAUUGUACUGACGCUCCAAAAGCUGGUCCGGCUGCACCAACACAGGGGCCGUAAUGACAAGUGCACCUGCACGAGCGGCAUGGAUUCAUCCGAGGAAGAAGGAAUUGACGAGAAAUUUGAAGCGCUGGGCAAGAAGAAGAGCUUCCUGCAAACCCUACGAGACAGGUUGGGGUUGAGACCGCCUCCUCCACGCAAUGCUCUGCCGCAGUACAUGGACCGUGAUCACGACGGCAAGGUCGAUGAGUUUGUAAGCGCCCAUUCAGGCAUUUCCGACGAGUCACCGGUUAAGGCUAUUCGCACCUUGCAUCGAUACGAAAGUGCUCAGAUUCCUGAACACACUGCCUGGAUGGAGAGACACAGUGCUCUCGCGCAAGACAACCUCGCGGUUAGCGUCGAGCAGGUCUCGAUCUUCCUUCUUUCCGACAACAGCGUCAUCUCCUUUUUCGAGCAUUCGGCUGAUGACGUGGAACGGCCUAUCCUGAACCGGCUGAACAGCCCGGAAACAAUGCUUAGAAGGAGUUGCGAUGCCUCGCUUCUACUCCAAGCUAUCAUUGACGCUGUGGUCGACUUGGCAACUCCAGUCAGGGACGCAUACAACAAAAGUCGAAAGGAACUCCAGAUCGAUGCGAUGACCAAUCCUAACAUCAAGACCUCGAGAGCCCUUCACAUCUUCGGCGAAGAAGUCGACAUGUUGCAAAACCUUUUCAAGCCAAUCGUUCACCUUGUCAACAGUCUUCGCGACCACAACUCGGAGCCUCCAACUGGAUUAGUACCUGCGCCGAUCCCUUCAGUGGAGCACCACCGACCUAAGACAGACUACGCCACGAGCGUAACGAUUACGCCGCUCGCCCACACUUAUUUCGGCGAUGUGCUUGAUCACUGUAUCACCAUGAUCCAAGCACUGGAACAGAUGGAUGCCUCCGCCGGCAACAUAUCUACAUUAAUUUUCAACACCGUCGGAGCGCAGACCAACAACUUCAUGAUGAUCUUAGCAGUCGUCACAGUAUUCUUCGCGCCCUUGACCUUCAUAUCAGGAUAUUUCGGCAUGAAUUUUGCGAGUGGUGAUGGUAUCGCUAAGCCUUUCGCCUUCUUCUGGACCGUUGCUAUACCUGUUUUGGUAAUUUUCAUGCUCCUCGUCUUC